AUGAAAGCCGGUGACGCUCAGCUUGAGUGCGUUUUCGAAGUGGAUGUGAAUGGUAUUCUCCGCGUCACGGCGACCGAGCGAAGCUCCGGCCGCAGCGCCAACAUCACCAUUUCCAACGCGGUCGGCAAGCUCUCUACCUCUGAGAUCGAGGCCAUGGUUGAGGAUGCGGCCAAGUUCAAGACCAAGGACGAGGCUUUCACCAAGAAGUUCGAGGCUAAGCAGCAGCUUGAGAGCUACAUCGGCCGUGUCGAGGAGCUCAUCAACGACCCCGGCCUAUCGAUGCGCAUGAAGAAGGGCAACAAGAACAAGAUCGAGGAGGCCCUUUCUGAUGCCAUGUCCCAGCUUGAGAUCGAGGAGAGCAGCCCCGAGGACCUCAAGAAGAAGGAGCUGGCCCUCAAGCGUGCGAUGACCAAGGCUAUGGCCACCCGCUAA